GCGAUGGUGGGCCGCGACAGCCGCUCGGAGAGCGCGGCGCGCCCCUGGGCGCCGCGGCAUGAGUAGCGCGCCCGCCCGGCCCGGCCCGCGCGCCCGCCAUGGCGCAGGCCGCGCCCGCGCCCCACCGCAGCCACUCCUUCGCCAAGAAGACCUUCCACAAGCCCACCUACUGCCACCACUGCUCCGACCUGCUGUGGGGGCUCAUCGGCCAGGGCUACGGCUGCGAAGUGUGCAACUUCAUAGUGCACGAGCGAUGUGUGGGGCAAGUGGUGACGCCGUGCUGCGGGGUGGCGCCGAGCCUCAUCAAGAACCCAGUGGCUCACUGCUGGUCAGAGCCGACUCAGCACAAACGGAAAUUUUGCACCGUCUGUCGGAAGCGGCUUGACGAACUGCCGGCUUUACACUGCAUGAUAUGCGAGUACUUCGUGCACGGGGAGUGCGUGGACUUCGCGGCGGCGGACUGCAAGGAGAACGCCACGUACUGCGCGGGCAGCGAGCCGCGCCACGUGCACCACUGGCGCGAGGGCAACCUGCCCGCCAACUCCAAGUGCGCCGCCUGCCGCCGCGCCUGCUGGUCGGCCGAGUGCCUCACCGGCUACAGAUGCGAGUGGUGCGGGAGCACGUGUCACGCAGGCUGCCGCGCCCUGAUACCUGAAGAAUGCAACUUCGGCGCGCUGCAGCCCAUCUUCCUGCCGCCGUCGGCGGUGUCCAUCCCGCGCACGGAGGUGCCCAUGGAGGCCAUCAUCGGCGUGCACGUGCGGCCGCCGCCCUCGCAGCGGGACUUCGGAUGCCCGCGGCGGCGCGGCUGGGCGCCGGCGCGGCUGGUGACGCUGGCGCGCCGCCUGCUGCCGGCCGCCUGCAGCCCGCACGGAGGCGCCUCGCCGCCCUACUCCAGAGCGCGCAGCGUGAGCGAGGAGUUCAGCUCGGGCUGCGAGGGCCGCUCGGGCUCCGGCGGCGGCUCCACGGGCGCGCCGGCCGACCAGGACCACCGGCCCGACCACAAGCAGCAUCGCGACCGGACGCCGGACGACAGGGACGAAGAGGUAGUGAAGGUGUACGACGGCGAGGCGGCGUGGUCGAGGAGACUGUACCGGCCGGUGGUGAUGGGGCGCAACUUCAGCGAGCGAGAGCUGGUCGCCGCCGCGCUCAGAGCCUUCCACGUGGCGCGCGACCCCGACCAGUUCGAGCUGACGGACGCGCUGGCCGGCGACGAGCCGCCGCUCAAGGACCCCACGCCGCUGGGCAGGGUCACGCGGCUGCCCAACAAGAGACCGGCCCUGUUCUUGCGGUUCAAGGAGCCGGAGACGGGCGGCGGCGAGGUGCGCGUGUACCCGGGGCGGGUGGCGGGCGCGGGGGACACGUUCGUGACGGUGCCGUGCUCGGGUGAGCACGCCGUGGCGGACCUCAUGGCCGCCGCGCUCGCGAGCUUCGGCCUCGACCCCGCCAGCGCCACGCUGGACUACCGCUGCUCGGAGAUCUUGCUCGAUCGUGGGGUGUCGGAGCGCGUGCUGGAGGAGGAGGAGCGGCCGUGGCGCAUCCUGGUGCGGCUGGCGCGCGACUCGGUGCGGCGCAUGGAGCUGGCGCGCUUCUACCUGCAGCCGCGCCGCGACCCGCACGGGCCCACGCUGGCGCUGUUCGUGGCGUCGCUGCCGCCCGGCCUCUCCGAGCGCAACUACGAGAACAUCCUCGUCGAGUUCCUCGGCGCCGACAACAAGUUCACGUCGAUCGGGCCCAUCUACUACGAGUACGGCUCGAUGGUCAUCACGUACGAGGACGCCAGCAAAGCUGUGCGCGCCCUCUACGCGCUCCGAGAGGCCAAAUAUGAAGAUAAGCAUUUAUUAGUGAUGCUGCUACCCAGCAUCGAACCGUCAAUGGUGCCGGCGGGCGUGAAGCCGCUGCUGGUGUUCGUAAACGUUAAGUCUGGAGGCUGUCAGGGCCUCGAGCUCAUUUCCUCCUUCCGCAAACUCCUCAACCCUUACCAAGUGUUCGACUUAGAGAACGGAGGACCGUUGCCGGGGUUGUACGUGUUCCGGCACAUCCCCAACUACAAGAUCCUGGUGUGCGGCGGCGACGGCACCAUCGGCUGGGUGCUGCAGUGCCUCGACAACGUCGGCCAGGACUCGCAGUGCUCCAACCCGCCCUGCGCCAUCGUGCCCCUCGGCACCGGCAACGACCUGGCGCGCGUGCUGCGCUGGGGCUCCGGCUACACGGGCUGCGAGGACCCGAUGUCGCUGCUGCGUGACGUCAUCGACGCCGAGGAGAUCCGCCUCGACCGCUGGACCGUCGUGUUCCACCCCGAGGACAAGCAGGACGAGCCUAAGGAGGUCUCCAAGCAACUUCCAGGUUCUCAAAGCGAAGACAAUUCACAGAUUCUAGUUAUGAAUAAUUAUUUCGGGAUCGGCAUCGAUGCAGAUCUCUGCCUUGACUUCCAUAAUGCUCGUGAAGAAAACCCAAAUAAAUUUAAUAGCAGGCUGCGAAAUAAGGGCGUAUAUGUUAAGAUGGGCCUUCGUAAGAUGGUGGGGCGCAAGAUGUGCAAGGACCUGCACAAGGCCGUCCGACUGGAGGUGGACGGCAAGCAAGUGGACCUGCCCGCUGUCGAAGGCAUUAUUAUAUUAAAUAUACUUAGUUGGGGCUCGGGCGCCAACCCGUGGGGGCCGGAGAAGGACGACCAGUUCAACAAGCCGAACCACUGGGACGGCAUGCUGGAGGUGGUGGGCGUCACCGGCGUUGUGCACCUGGGGCAGAUCCAGUCGGGGCUGCGCGGCGCUAUGCGGAUAGCACAGGGUGGUCACAUCAAGAUCAACCUGAAGAGUGAGAUCCCCGUGCAGGUGGACGGCGAGCCGUGGGUGGCGGCGCCUAGCGAGGUGGUCGUGCUCAAAUCCGCGCUUAAGGCCACCAUGCUGAAGAAGCGCGGCAAGGUGCGGCGCCGCAGCACCGAGCCCGCCCUGGCGCCGCCGCCGCCGCCGCCGCCGCCGCCCGACUCCUGAAUCUGGCUCAGCGAGCGCCUCAUCUGACGCCCCGGCUCAGGGCGCCGGCGCUCGCCGGGACCAACCCGCUACUGUGUACAUAAAAGUAAUAAAACAAAUAUAUAUUACAAAACAAGAAUAUUUAGUAAAGAAGUAAUUAGAUCAUUUUUUUUUAGAAAUUAUCUAUGUAAAAAACAUAAAUAAAAAAUAAUAUAUACGU